AUGACCGUGCGCCUCACCCACCCGUACCCAUCCUUUUUUUAUUAUUAUUCUUUUGCCCUUUUCCCCUUUUACGACUUUGACUUUUUCAACUGCACCGGGCACGGGGAUUCAUCAAGGAAGGAAUCGGCGGGGCAAACUUUGGUGCCCAUGACGACGGUGCCACCGUUUUGUGUUGAGCCAACACCGCAACUGCGCAUGGGCGUUGACUACCGAUGGGAUCCUCUUUUUUUUCGUGUACCUUCCCCACGAGGCCCGAGGGUUGAUGCGUCGCGCGCGGCGCCGGCAGAACGCGAGGGCGGCGUUUUGCAUGUGAAGGAGCAGCAGCGAACCAAUGAACGGGGCGGCCCAACCGAUAUGGCACCGCAUCUUACCGCUGGGGCACCACGCAACCAAGCAAGUACUAGCCCUCGGGUAUGUUGGCGCCGGGAGUCGACCGGCGAUAACGGCCGCGGCUCGCUAGGGAUGCUGCGCGCGGAGGAUUUUCGGGGUGACCGCGUGCUGCCUUGCCAAAAGAAAAUCAUUUCUCCCCGAACGGUGAUCCGGCCGCCAUCGCGUUCCUCGUCCCCCUCGCUUUCCCCGGCUACGCGCAAUAGGAGUGAGCGGUCAAGUCCCGCAGUAUCCAGGGGACGAAAAGCACGUCCAUCCACAGCCGGCCGGGCGAUGCCAUUGCAUUCCCGUGGCAGCAGUGUGGCCCUCUCUUCGCGUCUCACACGUUCUGCUGUUCUGCGGCGUGAGUUCAACACUUCCGAUAAGCCUGAAAAAGAACCCCCGGAAAGUUUUUGGGGGACGGCUGAUCGGAUGCGUUUAAUUACCCCACGCGUAUCGGCUGACUUUCUUGACACGCGGAUGGAACCAAAGUGGGGAGCAGGUACUUUUCUCCCAUGGAGUUUGGUUGGUAUUGCUGCUGUGCCACGGCACCCUCAGGGUCACGCGUCGGCGUUUGUUCGCUUUGAUGCACCCCUGACGCCCCGAGGAACGAGAGCUGCAGCUCUUCGCGUGGAACACGUGAGGCGCAAACUUAAUCUUGAUAAAGUGCCAGUAGGCUCUGUUGCCCGGUCGCGUCGUUUUGAACGCACAGAUGAUUUGGGAAGGGCAGUGCUUGGCGCGAUGGAUGCGAAUUGCUACGGGGAUGGAGGGGGUGUGUGGCGGCGAAGUGAGCUGCCACCCAUUCCGGAGCUUUGGGAGAUCCGCAUGCCGCACAAAGUGAGUAGAAUUGUUCAGAAAAAAAAAGAAGGCACGACGUUGAAUUUCAGUAAUGGUCCCAACUCCUCCACGAAGAGAAGUUUGACGGCUGAAACACAAGAUCAUUUGCCAACGGAGGAGGCACCCACAGGCGAAAACAACGGCUUUCACCUUGGCAUUGACCAUAUUGGCGGACUUUGCGAGGAGGAGGGAAUUGCCUCCGUAUCGUCUAAAGUGGAUAGUGGGAGCUGCGCGACCGUGAUGACCGGUGAAGUUGAGGGAAUGCAGGGGUGGAAUGCCCUGGCGGAAGAUCAAGAUGCUUUCCAUCGCAAAACAGGUGAUGAAAAAAAUGAACAGGCGAUCUUGCCUGCUCCGAGUGGUUCAUGUCGAGAGUCAGGGACAACGGGAGGGUUUUGCGAGGAAGUGAAGACAGCUUCGCUGCCAGGUGUCACGGCCGACAGGGAAGGCACUCUUCCGCCCAUAGAUUUUGUGGAGUCGUUGCAUGAAUGGACCUCUGAUGCAUUUUCUGAAGACACAUGUGUCACGCCACAGAGCCUGGACAGAGAAACAGUGGAGGCGGUGAUUGAUCCCCCUUCCUACUGGCGUGAGGAGACGUUGCCAAUGGUCGAAAGAAACGCCACCUGCGCAUCUCCAUCCGAGGUGAGUGCUGAAGAGGACAUCCCGCUGCCUGUUAACCCUAGAGGGAGGGGAGAAAUGGAUGCUCCUAUCACCGGCUUACCCGCACUCUCUAUGACAGGCGGACUCUCUUCCAUAUCACCUUUAAAGCGUGACCUGGCGGAGCGGUUGGCAUUGGUUCGUCGCCAUCAUCUUCUAGAGCACGCGGCGUUUAAGAGACCAAAGAGGACGAAGCGGACCUCAGUUGACACGUUACGCAAGUACAAAACCCUCCGGCGAGUGGUUUUCAUGGACACCAUGAGGAUUUUCUUUCACAAAUGGACUGCCUGGACAAGGCUUCCUGCAGGGACGAGGAGUAGAUUGGCGGAUCAAGCGGCCCUUUUUACGUGCGGUAAUGAACAGACCGUUCUGGUUCCCUCUGCAGCCGUGAGAGAGCGGAACUACACAAUUUGCAAUGAAAGAGCAACGUCAGGAAGGGAGUACGUCACGCACCGACGAAGGACGGAUUUGGUGCGGGAAGAACCAUCAACGGAGAGGCACGUCAAACCAACACGUUCCCAUUUGUUGCUGAAGGAGAAGAGUCCCCCGCCGUUGUCACAGCAACUGCUGGAGGAGGCGUGCCUUGGGCAGUGGACAGCUGGCUGCGGGAACCCAGGACGACCGAUGGAGAAGGAAAAGGAAUCUAUAUGCAGCUUUACUGGCACGAGUUUUUCCUCAUACGCUUCAAACACAGAAGCGGAUGCCUGUUUUUCUGCCAAGCCAUGCGGUGCGUUUGCCGAUCACAGGGCGGAUGGGCGCUCCACGACCGCCACGCCGUUUGAAUUUCCGCGUCCACAAACUCCUGUCAACUGCGCUGUGCAGGAGAUGGAACGCACGUCCAGUCACACGCUUGGCGCAUCGCUCAAUUCAGGAAGGAAUUUAUCGAUGGAUGACUCAAAAGGAAGCAUAGAAAUAGAGGGGGGCAUACCCAGCGCCACGAGAGAUUUCAGUCCUCUUUAUAAAAUCAAAUACCUCCAUUCUGCACUGUAG